UCUAAGAGACAAAGUAAAAAUGGCAAGACUCUCUACGUUACUGGCCAUCCUGUCCACCCUUGUGGCAGUGUCAACAGGCGUCAUCUGGAUGACCAAUUUGAACGAGGAGUGGACAUUCGAGUGUCCGAAAGGCCGAACAAUUAGAUCUUUGAUGUCGUCCUACGAAGGCAAUGACAGAGUCUGGAACUUCACGUGCGACCUGACGGACCCUAAACUCAACAUCAGCGUGUGUGAUUGGAGUGGCUAUAUCAACGACUACAAUGCACAGUUUCGCUACCAGUGUCCUAGCGACGGCAUAAUCACGGGUAAGAGAGAAGGCCAUUAUUACAAUCGCACAUAAUGAAGCAGAAAAUAGUGUGAGUUAAAUUGUAACAAAAAGUGUAUUAUUAAAAAUAAUAUUUAAUAUUAGGGGCUUAACAGGGUUUUUAACACAGGUUUCUGGUAUUUUGAGAAAUAGGCCUAAAGACAAUCAUACAACCUACCUGCUGGCCUUUAAAAAUAGUCCUAGAUACAGUCUUACGUCCUACCUGCCGGCCUUUACACGAUAGUCCCAGAGACAUUUCUACACCUUACCCGCUGACUUCUAACACUAGUCCUAGAGACAGUCCUACACCUAACUCGCCGGACCUUAAACGAUAGUCCUAGAGACAGUCCUACACCUAACUCGCUGACCUUUAAACAAUAGCCCUUCAGACAAAUUGCACGCGGUUAAACCCUAGUACAAUUAUAAUUUGUUUUAGAGUUAAAUACAGUGCAGCGCCAUUUAAAAAAAGAACAACUUUAAUAAAUUAAUUAUCUUUAUACGAGAAAAAUCUUUAGUAAAUAUUUAAAUGUCAUGCUAAAGCUUUCAGUUCGUUUAAUCUACUCUUCAGGAAUGUCAUCCCAUUUCGAGGUUGGCGUCCUCGACAGAAGGUACCAGUUCCUUUGUUGCUACCCAGGGGCCUACGCGACGCACGCUUGCCAGUACACCCCGGCUCUCAACAUACAGGGUCAACUGCUGAGCUAUCGUCUCCUGGAGUCCUGGUACAUCCGAGGGGUCAACACAGAAUAUUCUAGCAGUGACCGCUUGCUGAGCCUCAACAUCUGCCGGCUGGACAAGUAUGUCGCAACAUGCUAUUACUGAGGGCUCUCUUCACACAGAUGUAAUCGGGGUUCAUUUUUAAUUUUUAAACAAUGCUCUUCAAACUUUACCAUCUAACUAGUGACUAGCAAUUUUUGUUAAUGGUCAUAAAAACAUGUAAGUGUAUUAGAUUAAAUAAACAUU